AUGGCGUUGAGCUUCAGAACCACUCGCCAUGCUACUCGAUUGGCCAAGGCCUCUCGACCGCUCUUCUCCGCUCGUCACUAUGCGACCGCUGAGCCUGACCUCAAGACUGCCUUGAAGGAGGUGAUUCCUGCCAAGCGGGAGCUCCUCCAAAAGGUCAAGGCCCAGGGAGAUGAGGUCAUUGGCGAGGUCAAGGUCAGCAAUGUCAUUGGUGGUAUGCGUGGCCUCAAGGCCAUGCUGUGGGAGGGUUCCGUACUCGACGCCGACGAGGGUAUCCGCUUCCACGGCAAGACCAUUAAGGAUUGCCAGAAGGAGCUUCCCAAGGGUACAUCGGGCACUGAGAUGCUGCCAGAAGCCAUGUUCUGGCUUCUCUUGACCGGUCAAGUCCCCUCGACGGCUCAGGUGCGCGCCUUUUCGCGCGAGCUCGCCGAGAAGUCGACGCUGCCCACCCACAUCCUGGACCUGAUCAAGUCCUUCCCCAAGAACAUGCAUCCCAUGACCCAACUCUCCAUUGCAGUUGCUGCCCUGAACACCGAGUCCAAGUUUGCUCAAGCCUACGAGAAGGGACUCAACAAGGCUGAAUACUGGGAGCCUACCUUUGACGACUGCAUCUCCCUGCUGGCCAAGAUUCCUCGCGUGGCUGCGCUCGUCUUCCGUCCCAACGAGAUUGACGCCGUGGGUACCCAGCAACUCGAUGUGACCCAAGACUGGUCCUACAACUUUGCUGAGCUGCUCGGCAAGGGUGGCGAGGAGAACCAGGACUUCCACGACCUGCUGCGAUUGUAUCUGGCCCUGCACGGUGACCACGAGGGUGGUAACGUCUCUGCCCACGCUACCCACCUUGUCGGUAGCGCCCUGAGCGACCCCUUCCUGAGCUACAGUGCUGGUCUCCUCGGUCUCGCCGGUCCUCUGCACGGUCUGGCUGCCCAGGAGGUACUCCGUUGGAUUCUCCAAAUGCAGGACAAGAUUGGUACCAAGUUCUCUGAUGAGGACGUCCGCGGCUACCUUUGGGAUACUCUCAAGUCCGGCCGUGUCGUCCCUGGCUACGGUCACGGUGUCCUUCGCAAGCCUGACCCCCGUUUCCAGGCGCUGAUGGACUUUGCUGCCACUCGUCCCGACGUCAUGGCCAACCCGGUCUUCCAGCUGGUGAAGAAGAACUCGGAAAUCGCGCCUGGAGUUCUGACUGAGCACGGAAAGACCAAGAACCCCCACCCCAACGUCGACGCCGUCUCCGGUGUCCUCUUCCACCACUACGGUUUCCAGCAGCCUCUGUACUACACCGUUACCUUUGGUGUCAGCCGUGCCCUGGGUCCUCUGGUUCAGCUUAUCUGGGACCGUGCCAUGGGUAUGCCCAUCGAGCGCCCCAAGAGCAUCAACCUGCUGGGCCUGGUCAAGAAAUGA